AUGUCCAUCGGUGGUCCUUGUCUCUGGGUGCCGUCUUUGUCCUCGCCAGUCGCCUCGCCAUUUUCUGCUGUCACAUCCCACCUAUCCGCAGUAGCUCGUCACGGAGAGCGGGUUUCUUCGACGCCACGGAUAGCUUCCCCGCUGUUGAUUCUGCCUAGAGAUCGAGAGGUUACCUCUCGGAGUGCCUCGUCGUCGGUUGAGAUGCAACGGACCGGUGUGACGGCUGAAAAUGCCUUACCCACUCCUGUGCUAAUCCCGGGGAACACGGCGGGGUCCGGCUUGUAUCGUGAGGGAGAGAUCCCAGCGCGAGAUCUGGCCAACCAAAGACCUGGAGCGGGAAGAGAGGAUUUGUUGCCUCGAAUGAAGCUGGAAAUUCCUGGUGGAGGCAAUACGAAUUAUGCCAUGUCGCAGCCGCAGAUUGGAUUCGGUCGCUCUGACGAGUCAACGAAUGCCCGCCAGUCGGCCCUGGAGGCAAAUGACGAUCACGACAAGGAGUCGACGAUUAGCCCCUCCGACGAGAAGGGCGAGGUUAUUGGAGAUGAUGAAAGUAAUCGGUCGCCGUCGUUGGAGAAAAAGAAGAUGAAGAGAUUUCGGCUUACACACAAUCAGACUCGCUUCUUGAUGAGCGAGUUCACUCGCCAAGCGCAUCCAGACGCUGCUCAUCGAGAGCGUCUGUCGAGGGAGAUCCCCGGGUUGACACCACGUCAAGUCCAAGUGUGGUUCCAGAACAGGAGAGCGAAGUUGAAGCGCCUGACUACAAAUGAUCGUGAAAGGAUGCUAAAAUCGCGAGCCCUGCCGGACGACUUCGAUACGACAAAAGUCCUGCGGACGCCUUUUGAAAGCAAAUCUACAGGCCCGACGCCAGUGGCAUCACCGCAUGGUUACGGGGCUCCAAACCCAGAUUUUGCAUCUCUGAGAGCGCUUCGCACUGAUAGCUUUCAGCGGCCAAAUGACGAAGAUUACCUCGUCUCACCUCUAAGUUCUGCGUCGACCGCGGGAACGUACAUGUCUUCUGCUGGACGGAGUGAUGGGCUACCUAGUUCAGGAAUGAUGUUUGGCCGGUCUGCAGCAUCUGCGUCUAUGUCCGAUCUGCAUAGAACGAUCCGGAGCGACUACUCAAUCACCAGGUCUAGCAGCUUGUCAGAUGCAUCCUCUCACCCUCCGUCUUUCCAUCAUAGCAUGCAGAUGCACAACCGCUUCGCGCCAUCCUCAAAUCCUUCUAACCUGCCUUAUACGCGACAACCACCCAUGGACUACGGGAUUCCUCGUCACCCAGGUGGAAUGGUCACCCAUUACGACCAACACCAGCAAUUCGAGGGGUCCGUAUCCCCAACCGAUUCUCAAGGAGCGCCAAUGCCAUAUGAAAUGAGCAAUAUCAGCUCGCAACAGCAAAGUUACCAGCCGCAGCUCGCAAUGCCCACGCCAAAUAGCAAUGUCAGCAUGGGCUCCCAGCUCCCAUCUCACGGGAGACCUCUGCAGUCUGUGCCUGUCUCCGCGCCGCAAGAAUAUAGACCCUACUCGUACGCGCAGCCCUCAGCACCGAUGGGCACCAUGCCAUACACUCAAUCCAACGCCUCCACCAUAAGCCUUCCUCCCUCCUUUGCUCCGACCGAGUCCACCUCGGCCUCGCAGGACCAGAUGUCGCAGAACCAACAAGGCCUUGAGUCUCUCCGGACCAAAUUCGGCAAUCCCCCCUUCAACUACGCGAGCUAUAUCCAACAAUAG